AUGUCGUGGGAGGCUGUCGGCAUGUCGUGGGAGGCUUUCGGCAUGUCGUGGGAGGCUAUCGGCAUGUGGAAGGCUAUCGGCAUGUCGUGGGAGGCUAUCGGCAUGUCGUGGGAGGCUGUCGGCAUGUCGUGGGAGGCUAUAGGCAUGUCGUGGGAGGCUAUAGGCAUGUCGUGGGAGGCUAUAGGCAUGUCGUGGGAGGCUAUAGACGGUGGGUUGGACGCCGGUGGGUUGGACGGCGGUGGGUUGGACGGCGGUGGGUUGGACGUCUGUGGGUUGGACGCCGGUGGGUUGGACGUCGGUGGGUCGGACGUCGGUGGGUUGGACAUCGGAGGGUUGGACGUCGGUGGGUUGGACAUCGGAGGGUUGGACGUCGGUGGGUUGGACAUCGGAGGGUUGGACGUCGUUGGGUUGGACGUCGGAGGGUUGGACGUCGGUCGUAAGGUCUACGGAGGUCGUAAGGUCCACGGAGGUCGUAAGGUCCACGGAGGUCGUAAGGUCCGCGGAGGUCGUGAGGUCCACGGAGGUCGUAAGGUCCGUGGAGGUCGUAAGGUCCACGGAGGUCGUGAGGUCCGCGGAGGUCGUAAGGUCCGUGGAGGUCGUAAGGUCCGCGGAGGUCGUGAGGUCCGCGGAGGUCGUAAGGUCCACGGAGGUCGUAAGGUCCGCGGAGGUCGUAAGGCCGACGGAGGUCGUAAGGUCCGCGGAGGUCGCAAAGUCCACGGAGGGCGUAAGGUCCGUGGAGGUCGUAUGGUCCACGGAGGUCGUACGUUCUGA